UUCGGGUCGUCGAGUGAUCGUGGUAAUUCACAGCAGGAGAUCAUUUAUGAAUAAUAAUAUUUGAUUCGCAACACAAUAAAUUAUAUUUUAUCGGCUUAUAAUAAAUCGCAGGGUAAGGACGACGAUCGCGAUGAUGGAGCGCACCGUCCGCGCGUCUCGUCCGGUUCUGUACGCGACGAUGGCGAUCUGGUCGGCCGCGUUGCUGGUGAUGGCCGAGGGGGCGGCGGAACUUGCGGAAAAUGUCACUUCCGGACUCGAUGAAAACGCCACUUCCGAACUCAGGGAAAACGCCACUGCCCCGGCCGUCUGGAUGGGUCCAGCGGUGGAAGGAAACCCUCACAGGGGUCCCAGACAAGCGGAACAACGCGAUCAAAGGUGCGCUCUGCCGUCGUUCGUCGGCGGCGGCACGAGCAGCGGCGAAACAGCAGAUACCGUGCUGGAGUCGACCCGGACCGUUGAUCGGUACCUAGUGAAACCCGCGACGUACUACGAAAACCGUGUGAUGUACCGAGAGAAACCGGCGGUGGCGAACGUGCUGAUGCGCCGGCGGAGGCCCGUCCCGGUGCAGAGGAUAGGCCUGUUGCCGUAUUACGUUCAACGCAUGGACUUUGCAGACCGCGGACGCCGGCCGCUUGACGGCGAGGCUGCAGUGUCGAUGACGGCCGACGACGUUCGCCGAUUGCUACAACGCGUGUAUUCCGAAGGUGUGAUCGCGGGCGGCGAGGGGGCUGCAGCGGGCCCGAACUUCGAUUCAAAGGUUUUGCCGCUCAAAGGUUGAAAAAACGGCACGCAGUAUUAUAUUAACACAUGAUUCUGGAAGGCAAAUACUCUCGAUACUUACUGCAGAAGAACCUUUAUGUUGCUGCUGGUAUAACUACAUGAAUUAUUUAAUAUUUUCAUAUUUUAAUUUAAUGAAAAUAUUUUUAAUAAUUAUUCAAAUUAUAUUUAUAAUUUAUUUAUUUUGUUAUUAGUUAGCUAUAUUACAAUAUUUAAAAAAAAUAUUAUAUCAAACGUAGUAAAUUAUUUUUAAAUUCGAUUAAAUACUUAAGGAUAAAAAAUCUGUUGAUUAAACAACUCUUUGUUUAUUAAAUAGAAAAUAUUAUCUUUAAGAUAUUAUUAGCAUUAAAAACAUAUUGUUUUUGAAUGCUGAACUCAUGAAUUUACUGUUCCUCAUAUAAUAUAAUAUACAACCCAUUUCUUUUUCUAUCUUAUUGUGUAUUUAUGAAAGGUAUGCAUAAACACAACCAUGACAUUGGCAAUGUGUGCAAAAUGCAGUCCCGUAUUACUGUUUAUUUCACUUUCUAAGUGCAACAAUAUUCAGCACAAAAUUUGACCUAUUAAAAAAACGUACAAUAUAAAUAAAUAUUGCCUUAUUUACCAUAUUUCCUUUUUUUUUUAACGUGUUCAUAAUGCCACCGCGUCAGACAGUCUAGACACAUAUGUUUAAUACAUUUCAAUUAUAAUUUGCAAGGAUAAAAUAUGAACAAAUACGAAUUAUUUAAAGUAAAUAAUUAUAAUACCUUUAAAGGUACACCUAACAAACUUA